AUGAGCCCUGCAACCCCCAGCCAGUGCAGACGAUUCUCAGUCGACCAUGCCUUAGACGUCUCACAGACUCUCAACGAUCACAAUUCCCAUUAUGCCUUCAAGAAGCCCCUCACGGGGCCGUUCGCCCACACGAAGUCACACGCCAUCUGCUGUACAGAGAGCACCUUCACCACCCUUCAAUCCCUCGCACUCACCGCGACGGUCGCCCUCACCGAGAUCCAGAUCCAGAUCCAGGACAAGAACACGGUCUCCAGCCCGUUCGCGUUCUCGGUCGCAGACGGCCGACGAUCACAGAGUUCGAAGAUUGUGGUGGAAAAGCUCACGAAGAAUGUGACUGAAGCCCAUCUGCGCGAGAUCUUCGGCUCUUAUGGUCGUAUUGAGUCAGUUGACCUUCCUCUCAACAAACAAUUCAUGACGAACCGCGGCACAGCUUACAUUCUCUAUGAUCAUCCUUCUGGCUCCGAAUCCGCGAUUGCGCAUAUGCAUGAGGCUCAGCUAGAUGGCGUGUCCAUUUCCGAACUCACGAUAUGGUGGCCCACCGCCAUCCCGCUAUGCACCACCGCCGCCGCGAGGGCCACCUCCAUCCAGAUACCGAAGCCCCCCUCCCCGUCGAGGCGGAUACGGUGGAGGCAGACGAGGCCCAGAAGACGACGCGUAUGUUCCAAGAGACACACAUUCGCGAUCGCCUUCACCACCGAGGAGGCGCAGGAGGUCACCAUCGUACUCAAGGUCACCAUCCAGAACUCCGCCCCGAAGACGUGGUCCUCCAGCUCGGAGCCCACCACGACGGAGGAGACGAAGUCCCAGCUACAGUUCUCGAAGCAGCUACAGCAGGAGCAGGAGCGGAACAAGAAGCCGGUCGAGAAGCAGACCUAG